AUGCUCUCCCUCGGCAGUCAUCUGAUGAACCUAAACAGCACUUCAGUGGUGCACUCGCUGAUGGACUCCUUUUUUGAGGGAAAGAAGGCGCUGGUAAAGGAUCGCCUGAUGGACUCGGUGAGAGUUAUUGUGGAUGGACUUUUCGAAGAAAUGGUUGGACAGGUCAAAGAGAUGCUACUUCCUCCAAAAACUGCCCAUGAUCAGGAGAAACCUAUUGGUAUUGGGAAAACAACUUAUACUCCAGCAAAAUCAUCGACCAGCAAGUCUCCAAUGAACAUUUCAAUGCCACCGAAAAGCAAGAUGAUCUUUGCAACCAAGUCCAAACCUGGUCCCUCUACUUCAGCUGCUGCCCAACCAUUUUCUGGUCUUUAUAAACGAAUGGCCGAAGAGGAUGGCGUGGGAAUCAACAGCAACAGCAACAGUCACUCUAACAAGAAGAAAGCGGUCACUGUGGAACUGCAGAUUGAUGGUCCACUUGAUGACGAGAACGAUUAUGCUGACGUGGCCCUUGAUGAAGGUGCUGGUGGUAGCGGUGACGUUGAACUGGUAAACAACAUUGACAUUGCCAACAUUCACCUUCCAAACACUUCCAAAGAUCAGCAUCAGCAGCGGCCCACUCCAUCAGGAAAGCAUCCCUGCACUGAACCGGAUUGUGAACAGCAUCAGCAGCGGCCCACUCCAUCAGGAAAGCAUCCCUGCACUGAACCGAAUUGUGGCAAGCACUUCCAAUUUAACACUGAUCUGAAACGACACCUUCGAACGCACAACAAGGCAAAACCAUUCGGCUGCACCUAUGCUGGCUGUUCUUCUGAGUUUGGACGUCGUGAAAGCGCUAUCCGUCACAUACUCAAUGUCCACCUGAAGAAACAAAAGUCUGGAGAUGAGGAAGGCAAACAGGGCGACCACGAGCCGCCAGAUCCAGCAACCUAUCUUAGCGUCAAGGAAGAACUUCUUUGA